AUGGGUGGGUCUGUCAGUUGGGGAAAGGGAUGUAAUUGCCUACAUUUGCAAAUAUAUCGCGACAGCAAAGACCGGUGCAAAAACGCAUCCACCAAAUCGUCGCUAUCUCUCGACGGCUUCCUCGCCAUCGAAAGUGGAUUUACUUUAGACAAAGAGAGCAAUACUAUUGCCAUUGUAUGCCGAGACCUGAUUGUGGUGCUGGCGUUUGACACAAGGGAAGUGCUAAUCCAAUGGCAGGUCAAGAUUAAGGCACAUCUCAGCGAAGUGCAACAAUUUCUCGUCCAAAUCACAAAUCUUCCGCCAAAAAGCAAACUCAGUACCGGACCCGCGCGCCUACACCUCCAGGACUAUACAUUCUGUUUGGUGUCGGCAAUACCGCCCCGACUACUUGGCUUUUGGCCCAUUAAUGAGUUGCGAAGGUUUGGCAUAAUUGACGGCAAAUUCUGCUUUGAAGGAGGAUCUGGUUGCGGGAAAGAUCGAUUAGGAGUGGGCGCACAUGUAUUGCAUACGAAUCAGUGCGAAGAGUUGGCCAAAUGCUUUGAAUUGGCACUCAAUGGCAAACUUCAUGGAAAGCGACGACUUUCAACAAACAAGAACUCAUGUAAGAGAAGGGAUUCAAUGCAACAUUGA